AUCGAUGUUCGUACCCCUCAGCAGUAUACGAGCGGCCAUCAAAACUGCAUGGAUGUGUUUCGCCGCAUUUCGUUGCAACGUUUUCGAUCUUCGGGAGCUCAUUUGAAAAUAUAUUAAAUAAAAAUGUACGGAUUUGUAAAUUAUGCUUUGGAAUUAUUAGUUUUAAAAACUUUUGGCGAAGAAACGUGGGAGAAAAUCAAAAAAGAUGCAGAAGUUACGAUGGAUGGACAGUUUUUAGUCAGACAAAUAUACGACGAUGAAAUUACUUACAACUUAGUUUCGUCCGCUGCAGAAAUUCUAAAACUUCCUGCAAAUAGCAUAUUGGAACUUUUUGGAAAAAUGUUUUUCGAGUUUUGCCAAGAUUCUGGUUACGAUAAAAUCCUACAAGUAUUAGGAGCGACACCUAGAGAUUUCUUACAAAACUUGGAUGCUCUGCACGACCACUUGGGUACUCUGUAUCCGGGAAUGAAAGCUCCGUCAUUUAGGUGCACAGAAAGACCUGAAGAUGGCGCUCUUGUUUUACAUUACUACUCCGAUAGGCCUGGACUCGAAUACAUUGUCAUAGGCAUUGUAAAGACUGUUGCCAGUAAACUUCAUAACACAGAAGUAGAAGUGGAAAUUUUGCAAACUAAAGAAGAAUGUGAUCACGUUCAGUUUUUAAUAACCGAAAAGAACACUAUAGGACAACGUCAAAACGACCAAAACACAGAAGUAGAAACAUUAUCACAAGAGCCGAAAAUCAGUCCAGCUACUUUUUGUCGAGUUUUUCCAUUUCAUCUGAUGUUUGAUAGAGACUUAAACGUCCUCCAAACUGGUUGUACCAUAGCCAGAGUAAUACCCAUUGUUCAAGGGCCGUCACCGUGCAAAUUAACACAGAUCUUAUAUCCUGUUAGACCUCAUUUGGAUCUGACAUUCGACAACAUUCUAGCCCACAUAAACACGGUUUACGUUUUGAAUACCAGACCUGGCAUCAUUGACGAAGACACCAACGACAAUUGCCCUAUAUCAUUGCGUCUGAAAGGUCAGAUGUUGUACGUUCCAGAAACGGAUCUCAUGUUGUUUUUAUGCUAUCCUAGCGUUGUCAAUCUAGAUGAUUUAACAAAGCGACGUCUUUUUAUAAGCGAUAUACCAUUGCACGAUGCUACCAGAGACUUGGUUUUAAUGUCUGAACAAUUUGAAGCGGAUUACAAACUAACCAGAGAUUUAGAGUUUUUAACAGAUAAACUUCAACAGACAUAUAGAGAAUUGGAAAGUGAAAAACAGAAAACUGAUAGAUUGCUGUACUCGGUACUUCCGAUUAGUGUGGCAACAGAGUUACGUCACAAGCGUCCUGUUCCACCAAAACGGUUUGAAUAUGUUACACUGCUAUUUUCCGGCAUUGUUGGUUUUAGCGACUAUUGUGCGGGUCAUGCAGACUCACAAGGUGCCAUGAAAAUCGUACGGAUGCUCAAUCAGCUCUACACGGCGUUCGAUGUGCUCACCGACCCGAAAAAGAACCCCAACGUGUACAAAGUGGAAACUGUUGGUGACAAGUACAUGGCAGUUAGCGGACUUCCAGAGCCCUGCGAAGACCACGUCCGAUGUAUCGCUCGUCUUGCUUUGGACAUGAUGGAUCUUAGCAACACCGUCAUUGUGGACGACAUGCCCGUGCGCAUCACUAUUGGCAUACACAGCGGUGAAGUAGUGACGGGCGUGAUCGGCCAUCGCAUGCCCAGAUACUGUCUAUUCGGCAACACUGUGAAUUUGACCAGUAGAACCGAAACAACCGGCCUACCUGGUAAAAUCAACGUCUCAGAAAAUGCGUACAAUAUUCUUAUUCAAAAAGACAACUGGGAUCCGCAAUUUGAAUUUACUUAUAGAGGACUCGUGCCUAUGAAAGGGAAACCAGAGCCAAUGAAAGUGUGGAUUCUGAAUAGGAAACAGUUGUAAAAGAACAUAUUAACAAAUAAUAAUUUUAAGUCAAAAUCUAUUAUUAACCGAUAUUCUACUUGUUUUUUUGUUUAUAUACUUGUAAUAGAUAUACAUUUAUACUAUCAACUGUUUUAGAGUACUUGCUUCUACUGUGUGAGAAACAAUAUUGGACUUGAUACACUAAUUUUAAUUAUACUUGUGUUACACUCUUA